UAUAUAUAUUUUGGGGAAAAAUCAACUUUCAAAAACGUAAAGCUGGAGGAAAAAAGAUCUAGAUGACAGAAUUCGCAUAAGCGGGUUUCGUUUGUACUCCCUGUUCUUUUCUGUUCUUUUUUUACCCUUCGAUCCACAAUGUCAUUUGUACUCGACGUUUUCAAACACUACAAGAAAAAUCUGAGAUUGGAUCUCCGGCAUUGAUAGCCACUUAGUCAAAUUGUAACUAAGCCAAGACUUGUCCAUAAUCCAAAAGUAUUUUGUUGCGUUCCCUGUCAAAUUGCUAGGUCUUAUGCAAGCAAUGACGACCUUAAAAUAUUACAAGGUCCAAACUCCAGAAGUUUUUUGUUGCGUUCCCUGUCAAAUUGUAAGUAAGCCAAGACAUGCAUGCAUGGGAAAGUAUUCAGUUAUAAAUAUGGAAAGCGAAUAUGAAGUUGUGUGAUAAUAAUGGCAGAAGAAGUGGUAUUACUGGGUUUUUGGGCUAGUCCUUUUGCAAUGAGGGUGAAAAUUGCUCUGGCAGAGAAGGAAAUAGAUUAUGUGUCCCGAGAACAGAAUUUGUUCAACAAGAGUUCUUUGCUUCUAGAGAUGAACCCUGUUUACAAGAAAGUCCCUGUUUUGAUCCAUGAAGGAAAGCCGAUAUGUGAAUCACUCAUCAUAAUUCAAUAUAUCGAUGAAGUUUGGAAACACAAAGCUCCUUUAUUCCCCUCGGAUCCCUGUGAGAGGGCUCAUGCUAGGUUCUGGGCUGACUAUGUGGAUAAACAUAUUUUCCCAAACGCGCAGUUGUUAUGGGCAAGAAAAGGUGAACGCCAAGAAGCAGCGAAGAAGGAUCUCAUAGAAAGCUUCAAAGCAUUGGAAGGAGAGCUUGGAGACAAGCCCUACUUUGGGGGUGAGAGUUUUGGUCUAAUAGACAUUGCACUUAUUCCCUUCUUCAACUUUUUCUACGCAUUUGAGACCCUCGGAAGAUUUUCCAUGGAAGAGGAGUGCCCCGAGAUCGUGGCAUGGGCUAAGAGAUGCUCGCAAAGGGAGACUGUUUCAAAGUCAGUAGUGCUCGACCAGCACAAAGCUUAUGAAUUUGUUUUGGAGCUCAUGGCAUGGCAUGGGGUUAAGUGAGAGAGAUAAUCCGAACAAUGAAUUAUACAAAGAGAGAGCGAUUCUAUUGAAUAAAGCCUCUUUUUUUUUUUUCUUUUUUUUUUUCUAUUUUCUGGGAGGGCUGAUCUUUCUCUUUUAAAACUAUUAUAAACAUAUAUUAAUUUAUAUAUGAUUCUACCAUCAAAA